AUGCCCAUCACCAAUGAAUCCAUCUGGGCCGCGAGCCCCUCCACCACGAGGGGUCAGCCCACCCAGUUAUCCUCGGAUGCGAAAGGAGAACGUCUGGCUUAUGCGUCCGGUAAAUCCAUCUUCUUGCGUUCGAUCGAUAACCCCUCCAUCGCUAGGCAGUAUACCGAACACAAGGCACAGACGACAGUUGCUCGCUUCUCGCCUUCUGGCUUUUACGUUGCCAGUGGUGACGCUACUGGUCUAGUAAGAGUUUGGGAUUGCGUCGGUGAAGGAACCACAAAGGGUGAAUACAGCAUCGUUAACGGUCGUAUCAAUGAUCUCGCCUGGGACGGCGACUCUCAGCGCAUCAUCGCCGUUGGUGAUGGAAAGCAGAGAUACGGCCACUGUAUCACUUGGGAUAGUGGCAACACUGUUGGUGAGAUCUACGGACAUACACAGCAGAUCAAUUCCGUCUCCAUCAGGCAACAGAGACCGCUGCGAGCGGCUGCAGCUGGCGACGACAAGAAUCUAGUCUUUUACCACGGAGCGCCGUUCAAAUUCAAUACAGGAAUCAGGGACAAGCACACCAAUUACAUAUACGGAGUUGGAUUCAGCCCCGAUGGUUCGACAUUGGUUAGUGUUGGUGCCGAUCGAAAGAUCUGGCUCUACGACGGAAAGACUGGCGAACCUAAAGAUCAGGUUGGUGAAGGAGAGCAUAAAGGAAGUAUCUUCAGCGUGUCAUGGUCGAAGGACUCGAAGAAGUUUGUCACCGCAAGCGCUGAUCGAACCGUGAAAAUCUGGGAUGCGGAGGUAGGCAAGGUCUGUCAGAGCUGGACCUUGGGAGAGGAGGGAAGCUCCAACGUCCGCGACCAGCAAGUGGGUGUGGUUUGGCCUUCCGGCAGAAGCGACAAUCUGCUUAUUAGUCUAUCACUCAGCGGCGACCUGAACUACCUUGUCGAAGGGACGCCUGAGCCUAGACAGGUAAUUCAAGGUCAUCAGAAGAGCAUAACAUCCUUGACUCAAUCCCGCUCUGAGGCUAAGGACGAGACACUGUGGACCGGCAGCUUUGAUGGAAGGGUGUGCAGCUGGGACGUAACCACUGGAGCUGCUGAGGAGGCGGACGGGGACUGCCAUUCGGCAUAUGUCGCAGGUCUCGCGUCGACACAGGAAGGAACUGGCAGGAUCUACAGUGUGGCUUGGGAUGAUACGUUGCGGUCCGUCGAUGUCGGCGCCAGAACAUAUACUGGAAGUAACUCCAAGCUCUCUGGACAGCCCAAGAGUGUCGCCGCCGGUGACUCGACAGUUUUGGUGGGUACAUCCGAAGGCGUUGAGAUCUAUAAGGAUGGAAAGAAGACCGGCAAUUUCAAACCAAAAUCCACAGUUACUGCUGUCGCGGCUCGUGGCAAUGUCGCGGCGGUUGGAGGCGAAGAUUCAACCGUGCAGAUCUGCGAGAUUUCCAACUCGAGUCUGUCUCCAAAGACAGACAUUAAAGCCUCUCGGAACCCAGUGUCUGCUCUGGCAUUUUCGCCCGAUGGGUCUCUGCUGGCCAUUGGUGACUCGCGAGGCCGCGUGCUCGUGUACCAGGUGGCCGACGGCAGUCUGGUCACUGACCGUUGGACAGCACACACAGCAAGAAUUACUUCCAUUGCCUGGAAUGAAAGUGGCACGCUCCUAGUGAGUGGUUCUUUGGAUACGAACAUCUUUGUGUGGAGUUUAGCCAACCAAGGAGAUUGGUUGCAAGCGUCCAACGCUCACAAGGAGGGCGUCAAUGGUGUUGCCUGGCUUGCAGGCGGGUCUAGGAUUGCCUCUGCCGGCGCUGAUGCCGCAGUCAAGGUUUGGAAAGUAGAAGGGUUGGAAUAG